AUGUUCCUCCAGCGCUCUGCCAUUGCCGCCGCCAGGCGCGCGGCCCCCGCAGCCAUCGCCCGCCGCACCUUCACCACCACCUUUGUGCGCCGUAAGGGAUCCCCCAGAAGCUCUCGCGACGCGAAGCCCGAGGCCACCCACGAGAAGGAGGCCGGCCACUCUGCCAACGCGCCCAGCGUCCUCGCGGGCAUGAAGAAGCUCGAUUCGAUCAAGUCCAUGGAGGACCUCAUCCCCGAGGGCGCGAAGCCCGGUACCGUUCCCACCGACGCCGAGCAGUCGACCGGUCUCGAGCGUCUCGAGAUCCUCGGAAAGAUGCAGGGCAUUGACAUCUUCGACAUGAGGCCCCUCGACGCCAGCCGGCUUGGCACCCCGGAGGACCCCAUCGUCGUCAACUCUGCCGGCGACGAGCAGUACGUCGGUUGCACCGGCUACCCCGUCGACUCUCACGGCGUCCUGUGGAUCACCCUCACCCGCGACGAGCCCCAGUCCCGCUGCAUGGAGUGCGGAUCCACGUACAAGAUGCACUACGUGGGCCCCGCCGAGGACCCCCACUCGCACGACCACGGCCACGACCACCACGCAGAGAACCCCUACCCCAGGCCAAAGAACAUGGCCGACUUCCUCAAGCCCGAGUACAUGCACAUCUAA